UGUUAAGGGCUUUACUCUGACAGUGUCACUCUGACACUGUCAUUUUCACACAACAACAAAAUAACCUGCAAAAGCUACAACACGAAUUUCUAUUAAAAUUGAAUAAUCUCAAUUGAAACCAUGAGUAUUUUAUUGAAGAAUAUAGUAACAUUACCUCAAGUACAACUGGUUAGUCGGGGUUUGAGUAGCGCUCCUGUUUUGCUAUCGAAGCACUGGAGAGAAGAACGAGGUUUAUCCCUUAAUCGGAAUGCCGAAGGAAUUCUCACGGAUGCUCCCGACUUCACUUACCUUGAUGGAAGACCAACCCCACUAUUGCAAAAACAAAAGAAACGAAUGCUGCGACAAAGAGAGUUUGCGUCCAAAAUUGUUGAAAUGUGUUCCGAACUAGACUUUGCGAAGGAGAGAUACAACUAUAUAGAAGCAUCAAAGGAGCAAGAGAGACAGAAUGUCAUUGCAAACAGAUUGAAGGCCAAAGGAAAUGAACUUAUUAAGAAGAAGUAGAGUUAAUUUACUAUUUAGCUAUGUAGGAUAGUUGUAAAUAAAGAUUUUAGAUUUAUUUUAA